UACAAACAAUACAUUUACUGAGUCCUUUUCGUUUCACUGUCUCUCUCUUCCUCUGUGCUCUUCUUUUCCUCCCUUAACCUUUCGUGCAUGGCGAUUAGGGCACCAAUCCGUUAUUAUGGCAUGAAAUCUCUCUCGAUCGAUGCUAAUACUCCAUGACGAAGAUGUAAUCUCAUACAGAUUUUCGAGCUUUUUAGACUAAUUUGGAAGAAGAGGAAGAGAAAAUAGGAAACUGUAGUUUGAUUUGGGGAUUUUGGAUUUCUAGGGUUUGUUCUCUUUGUUUGUUUGGAUUUUAGGCUUUUUAAGUUAUGAAAGGUCAAUCUGAGAAGACAAAGGUGGUGGUGCGCCACUUGCCGCCUACGAUUUCUCAGGACAUGUUUUUGGAGCAAAUCAACGUUGCUUUCGCUGGGCGUUAUAAUUGGGUAUCGUUCCGUCCUGGCAAGAACAGUCAGAGGCAUCAAUCCAAUUCUAGAGCCUACAUUGACUUCAGAAGCCCAGAAGAUGUUAUUGAGUUUGCAGAGUUCUUUAAUGGUCAUCUCUUUGUCAAUGAGAAGGGCACACAGUUUAGAGCUGUGGUUGAGUAUGCUCCCUCACAGCGUGUUCCAAAGCAGUGGUCUAAGAAAGAUGGUCGUGAAGGCACCAUCCUAAAAGAUCCUGCAUAUCUGGAGUUCCUUGAAUUGAUAUCAAAGCCUGCUGAGAAUCUUCCCAGUGCUGAGAUACAAUUGGAAAGAAGAGAAGCUGAAAGAGCCGGUAUUAUAAAAGAUGCUCCUAUUAUUACACCCUUAAUGGACUUUGUCCGGCAGAAAAGAGCUGCGAAGACUGGAUCUCGGAGAAUAUUGGGUAAUGGGAAACUCAGUAGAAGGGCUGGUACAAGUGGAAGUCCUGGUUCAUCCUCAUCCAAGCGAAGUUCUGAAAAGAAGAGAGUUUCAACCACUAUGUAUGUUUUAAGGGACACUGCAAAAAGCACAAGUGGAAAAGACAAAUCAACUUACAUUUUGGUUCCGAAGCGAGAUGAUCAGCAGCUUUCUGAUAAAGCUGUUACUUUAGGUACUGCAUCUGGAGCUGAAGUUUUGGAAGAUGAAAGCGGAGCUUCUGGAAUUACAGAUGCUGGGAAAAAGAAAAUUCUUCUUCUGAAAGGGAAAGAGAAGGAGAUUUCAGAUUUGUCUGGUUUUAUGUUGCAGCAGAAUGCAGCAUCAUUUGAUAAAAAUGUGAUCAGUUCUGCAGUCAAACAGAACCAACGACGUGAGGCCAGUGGCAGGAUAAUCAGAAGCAUACUUUUAAACAAGGAAUCACGUCAAAAUCAAUCUUCUGGGAUUCAGUCUGAGCAUCAAAUGCAAACAUCCAAUUCGGAAAAGGAAAAACGUCCUCCCCGUCCUCCACAUGUGCAAUUGGUUUUGAACACGAAUGGAGCUUUGGAUGAUAAGGUUGUUAUUAAUGAUUUGCAUGGUUUUUCUGGUGAGAAGCAGGAAAAGCGCACAAGAAAUAAGGAUAGGCCUGAUCGAGUUGUAUGGACUCCUCUUCGACGAUCAGAUGGAUCAUAUGCAAGUGAUGAAUCGUUGUCAUUGUCUGCAUCACAAUCUACACAAUCAGGCGUAGAUUCUUCUCAAGGAAAUCUUGGAGAUCUAAAGGUUGACCCAUCAAAUUCAAGGAGUGGAGAAGUUAAAACCCUCACUGGACGUGGCAGUCAUUCUUCUUUAGACAAUGGAUCACAUAAACAUUUUGGUCGUCGAGGACCAUCACACCCAGUGAGGGAUGCUGAUGGCUCAUCUGGCGAGGGGAAGGCUUCAAAGAGAGGUGGUGCUUCUGGUUAUGGUUCCCAUGAGAAGCAAGUGUGGGUUCAAAAGUCAAGUUCUGGUUCUUAGAGUUUUUGGAAAGAAAUUCUCGAUGAUGCUGUGGUUAUUAUUUUGCAGUCGAAUUCUAGUCCCAUGAAAAUUUUGGAGCAUGCAGUUGCUGCAUGCUGGUGGCUGUCUCUUUAUGGAACAGUUGGUCAGGUGUGAGAAAAUGUUUCUGCAACGGAUAAGGUUUUCUUUGGGAAGCCUAGAAGAAAAACGGAAGCUGAUGUCAAUGAUGCAGAUAGUUCAUGUAAUUAAAUACUUGGUGGGUUGGAGAAAUCCGGAUCUUAGUCAAAGGUUGCUCUGAAUAGGAGGAAGGAAGAAAGGAACAAAAAAAAGAUAUCUUCGUUAUAAUCAUAUAUAGGACCACAGAUUUUGCCAGGGGUGUGCCUGCCCCCUUUGUGGGGUUCUUUUACUCACCGGAGGAGCCAAUGAUGUCCUCAUUCUUGCCUUUGACCGACUGCAUAUGGGGAUAUUCUAGUUCUAGAGAUGGAUCCCUUUGGUUAAAACUGUAUAUAAAAUAUCGAAAGAAAGCAGUAUCUUGAUUUCGCAUGGUUCGUUCUUAUAUAUAUAUGACUUGUUAAUCAGUCUAGCAUACGUGAUUGGUGAGAAUUUGUUUAUAGCCCUUUGGUAUUUUGUAGGGCUAUAUCUAUAAUUCGAUUCUCAAUGAAAGAAAGAAAGAAAGAGCCGGAGAGCUUUUGCAAGAUGAUUUGAGAGCAGGUGGGAGUAUGUGAAUGUUUUGACUGAUGGUAAAUGGAGUGAUUUAAAAAGUGUGGAUUAAUGUUAUAAGAUGUUUAGGGACUAAUUGGGUCUUUGUUAUGGCUGUGCUUGUGUUAAUGGAAAUUUACUUUGGUGCAA